CGUUCUUAUUGGCCCAGGCCUUGUACACGCGUCUUUUGAGUGUAUCAUCACCGUCACCUUCUUUAUGUGCGGCAAAGAAGUCCCCAGUUCUAUUCUUCACUCAUUAUAUAAUCCUCAGAGGGAGGGGCAGGGGAGAGAGAGGGGGGAUGGGUGUGUUGAGGAGCACGGAGAGUUUGGAGGCGGAGGUGGAGGCAUUCCGGGAGAUGCUGCUGAGGAGCAGCGGAAGCUUGGAAUUUGGGGCGUGGAAGACAGGAUCGGGGGCCGUCCGGAGGUGGACGGACGGCGAGGAGAGGAAGGGACACGGGACCGUGGUGUGCGUCACCAGCGCCGUCUCCUUUCUCGGCUUCGCCAUCGUCAAUCGCCUCCUCGCCCUCGGCUACUCCGUCCGCCUCGCCCUCGAAACCCAAGAAGAUCUAGACAAACUUAGGGACAUGGAGAUGUUUGGCGAGAUGGGAAGAGACGGUGUAUGGGUGGUGAUGGCCGAUGUGAUGGACCUUGAUAGCUUAUGCCAUGCGUUUGAUGGUUGCACUGGGGUGUUCCACACCUCGGCUUUCGUGGAUCCUGGGGGUGUAUCUGGCUACUCGCUAUGGCUUGCAUUGGGAAAGACAAUGGCAGAGAAAGCAGCUUGGCGAGUGGCUCGAGGAAGGAACUUGAAGCUAGUCACUGUUUGCCCGGCUCUUGUCACCGGACCACGAUUUUGCCGUCAGAACUCCACAGGAUCCAUUGCAUACCUCAAAGGAGCUCAUGAGAUGUUUGCAGAAGGAUUGCUUGCGACUGUUGAUGUGAACAAAGUAGCUGAGGCUCAUGCAUGUGUCUAUGAGGCAAUGAGUGGCAGUGCUUGCGGGCGGUAUAUUUGCUAUGAUCAUAUUAUCCAAAGAGCUGAGGAGGCGGCUGAAUUGGAGCGGCAACUCGGGAUUGCAAACAGGAUCUCCGGAGAGACCCCCACCGACCACCCAACCUGGUUCAAGCUUUGUAAUAGGAAAAUUUCCAGGCUAAUGUCAUCAAGGAGGAGGUGUUCUUAUGACGUCUACUCGAUACUGUACAAUUAGAAGCUCAGGUAUUCAGGUACAUGACCAAAGACUCGGGAGAGUUCAGAUGGCAUUGCCACAACAGACUCAGUGAUUGUUGGCAUUCAGGAGCUUCCUAGUGUAAGAAAUUGAGAAAUUGAUGGCAAUGUCAUGGAAUCAGGUUGGAACAGAGGAUUAUUGGAGAGGAGUGGAGGAAGACCUUUGUACAAAGUUUUUGUGUGAUCAAACUGACGUGGCAACACGUAGUGCGAAUGGAAGAAAGCUUUUGAGGCAAUCAAAUUUGUUGUCCUAGUUUAGAGAAGCAACUGUUCUAUCCUACAAAAUGGUACUGAGAGAGAGGAGUUAUGCCACUACGAACUCUUAAGGGGUGGGAAGUAGUGUUACUGGGUGCAGAUUUAUCACAUGAACCUUUCAUUUUAACAGGCAAAUGAUACUGGAAUUAGCAAUAAUAGAUUAAAAA